AUGCCGGCGUCCGUCCUCGACCAGACGUUCAAGGUCGUCAAGGAGAACUUCUAUCACCUCUUCAAGGUGCAUGUGUUCUACCAGACGCCCAAGACCGCGCCCAAGCACAGGGUGAAAGAAACCUUGGAAAAGACUAAGGGCCUUGUCAAGUUCUUCGACCGCUUCAAGGCUGAGCGCCACAAACCCGAGACCGCGUGGAACAUUAUACUCAUGUCUUACACCACGAAUAAUCGCCGACUCAACGUCGUAGACCCUCUCAAUGAAGCUCGUCUGGAGACGACUUGUAUGGAAGCCACUUCCCUGGAACUUCGAAUUAUUGGAGCUGAUAGUCCCCCUGACAUCGAGUCGGAGAAUUGUUCCAACUUUGGCUUGCAGUGCCAGGUCAUUGGACGUCUCUGGCGUUUGGGCCAGAAGGGGGAGGUGUCCUGGAAAAUCCUCCAAACCCAGUCUACUUUUGACCCCUGGCUUAAGACCAAGAACAUGAGGGCGUACGUGAGCACCGUCGAGGCGGAGGCUGCUAUCGAUGCUCGCAUCACUACAUCUAGUAGGUGA